AUGGCGAGCAAGCAGGAGAUCCGAGAGGAGAUCCUUAUCCUAAAGGAUACCCAGGCCAGCGAGGACGCGAAGGCGUCGGCCGCGUGUGCUUUGGGAAAUUGGGCAACUCGCGAAGCCUCGAACCCGUUGGCGGUGGAGGCCGAAGGCGGGCUGCCACUUCUGGUGCAGCUUUUGCAGGAAGGAGGCGGUGAGGCGCAGCGGAAUGCGGCCUAUGCGUUGUGGGCCUUAGCAAAGAAAGGCAAUGAGUUGGCACGAAAAGGCAACGAGCAGGUGACCCGGGCACUUGUGGCCUGCGGCGGCCAGGAAGCGCUCGAGGCGUUGGCCAGAGAUCCCACAUAUCAUUGGGACGAGAAGCGUGGGACUGGGCCACUGGAGUACGCUGAGAUGGCUCUGGAGGAUUUGCCAGAGCUAAGCCAUGGGCUGGGCCGCAGGCACUUCCAGCGCCAGGUGAUGGAUCUGGAGUGUGGCCUCGACGAGUGUCAAGCUGCCGAGCAGCUGGGAACUUGGGCUGCGAGAUCAGAUGAGAACCGCGUUUCCAUCAGCCGAGUUCACGGAGGUGAAGCACUCUUGGCCUUAGUGGUCAAUGGCAGUGAUGAUGCCAAAUGGCACGCUGCCAGGGCCCUCCGAAAUCUGGCCAACAAUCAGGAGGCCAAAGAAAACAUCUUGAAAGCUGAUGGCAUCGCGGUGCUGACCCGCCUUGCUGAGCAUGGGAAGCGGAAAGUUAAGAAGGCAGCCAGGGAAGCUCUCCACGUGCUUUCGAUGGUCGAUGCCCAGCGCAACCCAGCUGCAGUGGCUGAUGCCAAACCACCCGAAAAAGAAGCAUCUCCGACUGCAAUCCCAACUGGUGAAGGAACACGAGUCGCUAUGUUUUCUGCAAGGUUUGAUGGAGGACCCGUGGAAAUGAAGUUCCGUCAAGUCUUCAGCAUACUCCGGGAUCACAAGUACGACGUACUGAUGGUCGCGGCUGAUGCUGGAGAUAGUUUUGGUGAUUUGACCACAGAGUAUCUUCACCGACUCCGGAGCGAACAAGGCACCAUGCUGGCAGUUUGCACCAAGCAUUAUGGCGAAAAGACUGCGUCUUCAUAUUCCUCACAUAAGGAGCUCAAGUUUGCACUGGAUUAUGAGAACGAUGUGACAGUAUUGCCAUUGAAGGUGGAGGACACCUACCCGCCAGCGCCACCAUGUGGACCCGAGCACGAGUUUGACAAAACGAAGAGGGCCCAAGGCUACAUUGACAUGGUCUUUGGGCCAAGUGUUGUGUAUCUGGACUGCCGCAACAAAUCAGAGACGGACAUCGCUGCUGGAAUUGCUAAGCACUUGCAAAAACACAGGGUCACUGCGGAGCGUCCUGAUUGA